AUGGCGCCAAAGCCCAAAAUCGUUCUCGUUGGAUCUGGCAUGAUCGGAGGAGUAAUGGCCACGCUGAUUGUUCAGAAGAACUUGGGUGACGUGGUCAUGUUUGACGUUGUAAAGAACAUGCCCCAGGGGAAGGCACUAGAUACAUCCCACUCGAAUGUAAUGGCCUACUCCAAUUGUAAGGUCACCGGAUCUAACUCGUAUGAAGACUUGAAAGGAGCUGACGUAGUUAUCGUGACGGCAGGUUUUACUAAGGCACCUGGAAAGAGUGACAAGGAAUGGAACCGAGAUGACCUACUCCCACUGAACAACAAAAUUAUGAUUGAAAUAGGAGGACACAUAAAGAAACUGUGCCCUAAUGCUUUCAUCAUCGUGGUUACCAACCCAGUAGAUGUCAUGGUUCAGCUGCUUUUCGAACACUCCGGUGUACCAAAAAAUAAGAUCAUCGGAUUAGGUGGUGUUUUAGAUACAUCUAGGUUGAAGUACUAUUUGUCGCAGAAGUUGAAUGUCUGCCCCAGAGAUGUUAAUGCACUUAUUGUCGGUGCACACGGAAAUAAAAUGGUUCUUCUAAAGAGGUAUAUCACUGUAGGAGGUAUUCCACUACAAGAGUUUAUUAAUAACAAAAAAAUUACCGACGAAGAAGUGGAGGCCAUAUUUGACAGAACAAUCAACACUGCCUUGGAGAUUGUAAACCUUCUUGCCUCUCCCUACGUUGCCCCAGCUGCUGCUAUUAUAGAAAUGGCCGAGUCGUACUUAAAAGACAUAAAGAAGGUCCUUGUGUGUUCCACUUUACUGGAAGGACAAUACGGUCACAAGAAUAUCUUCGGUGGUACUCCUCUCGUUAUCGGAGGUACCGGUGUUGAGCAGGUUAUCGAGUUACAACUCAAUGCAGAAGAGAAGGCCAAAUUUGAUGAAGCCGUAGCGGAGACCAAGAGAAUGAAGGCGCUCAUUUAA